GAUGAGGAUUAGUAAAACACCACUUUAGGACAUAUUUAUAAUAUAUAUAAAUACAUAAUUUGAAUUCAAUUGAGAUAAAAGAAACAGUAACGGGAAGAAAUAUUGGACUUUGUAUACUUAACAAUGCUUAGGAAUAAAUCACAAAAGGAAUUACUUCAAUUAUCCAAAAGGGUGGUUCAACCAUUACUUCCACAUUUUCAUAAGGGACAAGCAGGUAGAAUUGCAGUUAUUGGAGGGUGUGAAGAUUAUACUGGAGCUCCAUUUUUUGCCUCGCAUUCUGCUGCACUUCUUGGAUGUGAUUUAUCUCAUAUUAUUUGUGAAAGAAAUGCUGCACAAGUUAUUAAGCUGUAUCUGCCCGAUUUAAUGGUUCAUCCAUAUUUAUAUGAUAGUAACAGUCGAGAUAAGAAUGAUGGAUUAAAUGAUGAGGAGUUUAUUGAUGAUAAGAUUCUUCCUAAAGUUGUUUCUGUUCUUAGUCGGAUGCAUUUGGUGGUGAUUGGACCUGGAUUUGGUAGAGAUCCUCUUAUGAUUCAAACGUUAACUAGAUUGAUUGAAGAGGUGAAAGUGUUAAAUAUUCCACUUAUUUUGGAUGCUGAUGCCCUUUAUGUAUUAUCAAAGGAUCCAAAGAUUAUAAGUAAUUAUCAAAAGGCAGUAUUAACACCAAAUGUUAUUGAGUUUAAAAGAUUAGCAAAUGCCGUGGGUGAAGAGGUUGAUUCUAAUGCAAAUUUAGAUGAAUCAAUUGAAUUAACUGUAAAACUUUCUAAACUUUUAGGAGGAGUGACAAUUGUUCGUAAAGGUGCACAAGAAAUCAUUGCACAAAAUGAUCAUUUUGUUGUCAAUGAAAUGCCAGGUCUGAAUAGAAGAGUUGGUGGACAAGGUGAUACUUUAGCUGGAGCAAUGGCUACAUUUUUAACUUGGUCACUGAAUUAUCAAGCUGGAGUUUGGGGUAAACCAGAUUUAAAUCAAGAAGAUCUGAACUUAUUAGCAUGUUUUGCAGCUGCUUCCACUGUAAGAUUAGCAAGUUCUAAAGCAUUUAAAAAAUAUGGUAGGGCCAUGCAAACUCUGAAUGUUCAUGAGUAUUUGGGAGAAACUUUUUCUGAAUUAUUUCCUGAACUGAUUGAUGAAAUUCAUUAAUUGGAGAUAAUUGAGGUUACUUAUAGAUAUAUAUAUAUAUAUAUAUAUAUAUAAUACAUUUACUCAAUCGAAACACUUUCUAUCAUUUUAGUGUCUAUUUAUUUACAGUAUAUACA